AUGCCAAUCCUAGAACUAACCCACCUCCGCACCCCAUCCCCAUCCAACCCCUCCAACACAACCCCUCCCUCAAAACCCUCAAUAACCACCGCACUCCGACAAGUCCGCACCCACCUCACAGCCAAAGUCCACGCCACAAACUCUCGCUUUUACACACCCAUCCCCUCAUCCACACAGCUCUCCCCAUCCAAGAAUCAUGAGAAAUUAAACAUCUACAUCCUCGCCUCCUGGCCAUCACUCCGCGCCCACGAAGACUUUCUACAAAACUCGGAAUUGCGAAAUGAGGUUCUCGGAGCGCAAGAGGGGAUAUUGGGGUUUAUUCGGGGUGAGCAUUAUGGACUUAGUGAUUCGAAGACAGAUGGAGAGGUACCGUACAUCUCAUCUGAUUUCCAACCCCCCAUCCACAGCGAUCUCAUGGAGCGUCUCCCUCUCACGGCACCCAUCUUGGUACUCACUCGAAUCGAGGUCCCUCCCCGCAAGCGUGGUGAAGAAAAGUCUCCAGGUCUCAUGGCGUUAGAUUCCCACCGGAUGAACUUACAGAAACGUGGCGGGGGGUACGCAUCCCUUAUCCUCCUGGAUGACGCCGACGCGACGUCGAAAAAAUGGUGUUACAUCAUACUCAGUGGAUGGGGGAGUAUUUCCUCAUAUACGUCAUGGCGAGAAGAUUCGGGUGUAGAUUCAGAGGGUUGUGUUGAAGUACUUAUUUUGGAAGAUCUGGAAAGAGGGGAUUGA